GCUAGCAGCACUGCAUUAAACUAAUUUGACAGCGAUCCCGAUCCGUCACAACUCACACGAGACAGUCGUCGUUCGAUCCGUCGAGCAAGCAUGGCGCAGCUGAUGGACAAGGCCAAGGGGUUCGUGGCGGAGAAGAUAUCGGGGGUGCAGAAGCCGGAGGCGGACCUGUCGGACAUGUCGGUGCAGCACGUCGGCCGCGACGGCGCCACCCUGUCCGGCCGCCUCGACGUGCGCAACCCCUACUCGCACACCAUCCCCAUCUGCGAGAUCAGCUACUCCCUCAAGAGCGCCGGCCGCGACGUGGCCUCCGGGACCAUGCCGGACCCGGGGUCGCUGGUGGCCAGCGACACCACCAGCCUCGACAUACCCGUGAAGGUGCCGUACGACUUCCUGGUGAGCCUUAUGAAGGACGCCGGCAAGGACUGGGACCUCGACUACGAGAUGCGCGUCGGCCUCACCGUCGACCUCCCCAUCGUCGGCAACUUCACGCUGCCGCUCACCAAGGCCGGCGAGCUCAAGCUCCCCACCCUCUCCGACCUGUUCUAAACUUACCGCCGCACCUAGCUAGUAAGUUCGACCGUACCGUACUAGCUGCUGCGCUCUCCAUCGCCUGUACGGGUGAUGGGUAGUACUGGGCUGGGCGAGCGGGACGAUCGAUCGCUACCUAGCUCUGUUUUUACUUCGGAUCGCGGUGUGGGUGUGCACGACGUAAUAAUGAUGUAAUGCGUGUUGUAUUUCUAGACUUUUCGUGAAUAAAAUAAACAGACGAGUUUACUGUACUC